AUGCCCAUCCUCCGCCGCCCCCCGCCGGCCCAGACGUACAACCCCGUCUCCAACCUGCCCCUCGCACUCGCGCGCAUGACCGCCCUCCGCCGCCUCCGCGUCUUCAGCCCAGCCAGGGCCUCCCCCUCAACCUCCAGAACGCGAUUCCACCGCGGUGCGUCCCUUCCUUCGCCGAGCGCGCUCCCUCCGGCCCGCAUUACGGUGCUGAUCAGAGCGCCGGACGUGGACACCGGUUUGCUGCGUAUUUCGAGCGCGCGAUGUUCCCCCGCGGACGGCGUCCCGCUCGCGUACUACGAGCUCUUCCUCGGCCCGGACACGCGCGUCCAACUCCUCAAGUCCGUCCGCGCGGAGGACACCGUCGCCCUCCGCCUCUCAGGCGACCUCGCUGCCCCGCCGCCCAAGGUCCGCAAACCGCUCGAGCGCAAGGGCCAACAGGAAGACACGGCCUCCACGGUCACCGGCCUCGUCGCGCCCAUGCCGGCCCUCCGCGGGUUGACGAUACACGGCGUAACCGGCACGCUCUUAGAGCGGCGCACGAUCGAGGAGCUCUUCCCCGAGGCGAACCUGGAGGCGUUCACCUGGGCAAAGCUGUGCUUCGAGCUCCGGGUCCUGGUCCGGGUCCUGCAUCUGCGCUCGCUGGCCGCCGCCCACGGGACGACGAUGCGCACGCUGAUCCUCCCCGGGUGCUUGCGGCUUUCCAGCGAGGUCGUCAUGCUAGCGUUGGAACAGCUCCAGGUGCCCGAGACGUUCACCCUCCACCCCGUCACGGUCAACGGGCUCCGAAACAACUUCGUGCUGGCGUUGCCGCUGACACUGCAGGUGUUCAGGCUGCAGGUAAUCAACGCGCCGUAUACUGAUCCGCUCAAGGAUCAAGAGAGGAUGCUAUGUAGAUCAAUAGAAGACACGAUACUCCUCCGCGACAAGCCGCUCGAUGAGGUCUCGUCGUCAACGAGCACAGCCGUCUAG